AUGCCAAGGGAGGCCACGCAUACAAAGACGCCCGAGGAGCACCGUGCCAAGCAGCUGCCCGCCGCGGCCGUGGAAUUGACCAGCUCUCCGGGCCAGCAGCAGCAGCAGGAGCAGCAGCAGCAGGAGCAACAGCAGCAGCAGCAGCAGCAGCAGCAACAGCUGCAGCAGCAGGGCCAGCAGCAGCAACAGCGACAGCAGCAGGAUGAGCAGCGGGUGGCCGCCCUGGAGGAGCGCGUGGCCUUCCUGGAGAUGGAGCUUCUAAAGCAGGCCAUAGGCACAGCAGACACGCCCAUGGUGUUGGGCGACCCGUCAUACGCCGCCGCGGCUUGGGCUGACGUAGACGCACCCGACGCCGCGGUCUCGGGCGCCGGCUGGGGUGCCGCCGCACCUCCUGGCGCCCGAGGCAGCGCGUCUGGGUCGCCCCAAGGGGGUGCCGCGGCGGUGAUGAUGGGUGCGCAGCGGCUGGCGGCGCCGCAAGGGGCUGCGGGGCAGUUAGAUCCAGAGGUUUCGGCGAUUGCUGAGGCGCUGCUCAUACGGCGUAGCCUUGCAGUGGCGGCGCCGCCUGCGCCGGGCGCGGGCGCACCGUGGGGCGCGCGGUCGCAUGAUCGGCGGCAGCGAGCGGCGGCGGCCGCGGGCGGGAUCACGCGCGGCCAGCAGCCGGGCGUUUGGCGGCCGGCGGGGCCGCCUGGCGCGUCGCCGUCAGCUGCUGCAGGUUAUGGCGGCGACGAUGGUGGUGAAAACGAUGAUCUGGUGCCUGUGGAGCCGCGGAACGGCCUGGCAAUGGCGGGCACAAUCCUGGCGGUGUAUUUCGGCGUGAUGGUUGCGUUCUUUGCUGUGCUCGGGGAUGUGUACGCGGGGUCCCUGGUGACGCUCCUGGCGCUGGCGCUGUCGUCACCGGAUGGCACGGUGCCGCCAGAGGCGAUGGACGUGAUGGACGGCAUGACGCUGUGGUGGUGA